GUUGCGUUAAUUGCCUCCAUUAAAGUUAAAUGCUCUAAUCUCAGCAAGUGUUCGUUUCUCAUAGAUAACGACGAGUCCGCUUAGCUUCGUUACGAAGUUGCGUUGAGUCAAACUUAGCGUCAUGACCUUUGGACCAGACCUGUGCUUUCUGGAUGUUUCGUUUUUUAGUGUCUCACUUGACCGACAAAAAAAAAAAAGUGACGUAACUAAGCUAACUAGUCUGUCGGUUACUUGUUGAACUUUCUUGUUUCGCUUCACAGGAAAGCAUGAGAGAGACGAGGAGCGACAGCAUGGUGAAAGUCCUCUCUGGGUUGUAUAAUGGAAGGACUGGGAAAGGAAAGAUCCAUAUGCAGCUCGAGACACUUCCCGUGGCUCAGUCACCCCAAAACGGAGGCCUCAACCCUGCUAUGGAAACUCAAAGACUGCUUCCCCACCAAUGAGACCACCACCGCUCAUCACGCAGACAAAGAAAACACUUGCAUGGAUAGCAGAAGGGCUGUGCUGGAACUGAAAGAUGUACCUCCUCCUCCACCCCAUACAUCCUCUUCCCAAUCAUCCCAGCCCUUCCCUAUGCCUCCUCUCCCUAUGCCUCCUCUCCCUAUGCCUCCUCCCUGCUUGCCUCCUUCGCUUACACAAGACUCCCUCCAGCAGCCACCGCAAUCACAGCUGCAACAAGAGGGGGCUAGCCCUCAAGUAAGCAUUUACUCUCACUGUGACUAUUGCAGCACAGACGGCUCUGGGUUAUCAGGUGGUGGAAGUGUUGACACCAGCAGCAGCAGCAUUGCUGGCGUCGUCUCGCUCUAUAUGGCCCCAGGCUCUCUGGGAGCACCCAUCAGAACCAGCAGUAUUAGCAGUUCGGGCAUUUGCUCUGUAGCUUCAUCUGUUCAUCAGUACGAGCACAUUAGCUGCAGAAGCGGAGGUGAAGUUCUUGAUUCUUUUCCCAGUCUGGGUUAUCAACCUCCGCUGUCCUCCUCUGUCGCUACCUCUCAGCCCAUUUCGUCACAACCCUACCUCUCCUGCUGCUCGGGGCUUCUCCACACAUAUCCAGCUGUACCUCUUCCAUGCAGUCAGCCCGGCCCGUUUCCCUCCUCCGCGCUCCUGGCUUCCCCUCUCCCCUGUGGUUCCUCUCUACCCGCUCCCUUGCAUGGCGCUUGCCUGUCCUCUUCCGGCUACUACACUUGUGGUGUGAACUGCUGCCCGUCAGCCAGAAGAUCCCAGAGAACCACGUUCGGUGAUCGCACGACCGUCACCACCACAACCACCUCGACACACUUCUGCUCUAAUCCCAUGCACCUAAAUGUAGAACGCACGGUUUGUGUGAAGGGGGCGCACUACUGCCAGGAGUGCCUGUUGAAGCCCAUAAAUGGUUUGGCAUCAGACUUUGAAAAGGCAUGGCCCAAUGCUCCUAUUCCCCAGACUGCUCCAAUCCCCAUUCCCAUUUGUAAUGGCUGUGGCACCUCCUCUGAAAGCAUGAUGCUCAUGCCGUCAGCCAGCCUUGGCAAGACUGGCCAGAAGUAUGGUUCGCCAGAGAAUGGCGGUCCCGAGAACAUCCCUCCGGUGGGCGUCUUCUGGGACAUCGAGAACUGCAGCGUGCCGAGCGGACGCUCUGCUGGUGCUGUGGUCGAGCGUAUUCGCAGCCAUUUCUUCCAGGGCCACCGUGAGGCUGAAUUCAUUUGUGUCUGUGAUAUCAGCAAGGAGAGUAAAGCCGUCAUCCAAGAGCUCAACAACUGCCAGGUUACUGUUGCACAUAUCAACGCCACGGCCAAGAAUGCUGCCGAUGACAAGCUUCGCCAGAGCCUGAGACGCUUCGCUGAGACUCACACGGCGCCUGCGACGGUUGUCCUCGUAUCCUCGGAUGUGAACUUUGCAAGUGAGCUGAGUGACUUGCGUCAUCGCCAUGGUUUCCAGGUAAUCCUGGUCCACGGCAGCCGUACGUCGUUGGCCCUGCUGCAGCACGCCCACCGCCAAGUGGCCUUCCAGGAGAUCACAGCUGAUCUGCCGCCACGUAUGCUUGUCAAAGCACAGCCCAGUUUCAACCUCCUCUAUGUUCACAACCUCCCUGUCAUCUGUGACAAGAGCCUACGGAACGCCGUGAAGCUCAGGCUGCGCCGCCUAUCAGACAACUGUGGUGGCAAGGUGCUGGGCAUGGCCCAGGGCACAGCGGUCCUCCGUUUUGGCAGCACUGAGGCGGCCGCGCGCGCCCGCAAGCGAAUGGAAAACGAGGAUGUGUUUGGCCGCCGAAUCAGCGUCUCCUUCUCCCCGCGGCCCCGAGGCGACGCGAGUCCCGAGCCUGAGCUGCAGUCUCAGCCCCAGAACUAUCACAGCCAGGAUGUAAUGUUUGACCCGCCCCCAUCCCCAUCCUCCUAUUCCUUUCUGCCCCUGGGGAUGCCAAAGUCACCCAGGAGGCCGCGGCGAGCGACCCGCUUGUGCCAUGCCCCUGGCACGGUGCCUGAAAGGCCCUACAGCCCCAGGAGGGGGUGCAGUGGGCCUCCCGGUGGUGCUCCAGCCAAGCCCCGUCAGGAGCCGGGUAGCUUGGAGGGCAAGUCCAGAAUGAGCUUCCACCACCCGGAGAAAGGACGCGCCGCUUCCUCCUCCCCCCUCAGGAAUGGGGAGACGGGAGCCGUGGAACAGCUGCCCCGGCCUGGCCUCACUGGCGAGUCCAUGUACAGGAGGAGAAGAGACGGCUCCUUCCCUCGCAGCGUCACAGAAUCUCCUGCAGAACAAGCGGACAGGAGCUCAGAGGACUUCCAGAUCAGCACACCCUCAGCCUUCAGCAAGUUGAACCUGCACAGGAGCUUCAGCCCCCUCGUCCCGUCACAGGGCUCCUGGUCAUCCAGGAGUGCGUCGCCCUGCUUGUCCAGCCGGUCCUCACCCCUCCUGGCUACCACUCGUAAUCCGUGUCCAGAAGGUCCACCUGAACCCUUCUCAGAUGGGGCGGAGCUCCAGGUGGCCAACCUGGACUACAGAAUGUCCCGCAAGGAUCUGCAGCAGAUGCUGCACGACACCUUCUCCCGUUAUGGACGGGUGAAAGCUGUGGAGCUUAGCCCCCACACUGACUAUCAGCUGAAGGCCACAAUCCAGAUGUUGUCCUUGCAGCAGGCCAUCGGUGCAGUCAGCGGCCUGCACCGCUAUAAGAUCGGAGGCAAGCGCAUUCAGGUGUCUCUGAUCACUGGUGGCGGCAACAAAUCCCUUUCCAUGCUCAGCACAGAGAUCAUCAGCAUUCUUCAAGACGCACCAGCCAAUUGCCUUCCGCUCUUCAAGUUUACAGAGAUCUAUGAGAAGAAAUAUUCCCGGAAGCUGGUGGUUGGGGAUCUGUACCGACUGCCGGAGGUGGUGGCACUGCGGGAGCAAGGGGGCUCGAGGCUGGUGUGCCUACUGGCCAGCAGCCAGAUCCGUCAGAGUCCACUGGGAUCGGCCCACUCCCAGGAGGGCUCCUCCUCUACCAGCGGCAGCCCCGUGGUGUUCGAGGAGCUGGAGUACCAUGAACCCGUCUGCAGAGAACACUUCACGCAGCGGGACUUCAGUGAGGCUGACUUUGACCCCGACUCUUAUAAAAUACCUUUUGUUGUGAUGUCCCUGAGCACCAUAGCAUCUGAGGUCCACGGUCUAUUGCAGUCGCAUGAGGGAACUCUUCCAUUACUCAGUUUUCCAGACUGCUAUGCAGACAAAUUCAGCCCUCUCCAGCUGGGUAAUGAGACGCUGGAGGGCGGUGUUCCUCUGGAGCACCUCAUUACCUGUGUUCCCAGUAUCACCAUUGUCACGGCUCAGAAUGGCUUCAAAGUCAUCAAGUGGAUCCACAACAAACCACCAGCACCAAACUCCGAGCCAUGGAUUCAGCGCUGCAAGAGUCCGGUUGGCAAUCCACAGCUCAUCCAAUUCAGCCGUGAGAUUAUUGACUUGUUAAAGAGUCAGCCUUCUUGCCUCAUGCCCAUGAGCAAGUUCAUCCCCUCGUACCACCAUCACUUUGCCAAGCAGUGCCGCGUCUCCGACUACGGCUACUCCAAGCUGCUGGAGCUGCUGGAGGCUGUUCCACAUGUCCUGCAGAUAUUGGGCAUGGGUACCAAGCGUUUACUGACUCUGACUCAUCGGGCUCAAGUGAAGCGCUUCACCCAAGACCUUCUCAAACUACUCAAGUUUCAAGUCAGCAAACAAGUCUCGAUCAAGGACUUCAUGCAGGCAUACCAUUGGUGCUUCUCCAGAGACUGGAGGAUAAUCGACUAUGGCACAUGUGACCUGAUGGACCUGCUGACUGAGAUCCCAGACACCACCAUCACAAUCACACAUCAGGACAUGGACACGGUGAUCUCUGUUCCCAGGAGAGAGCGCACAGUGGAGGAAAUAGAGCGCACGAAACAGUUUGGGAAGGAGGUGGUGGACCUUCUUCGCCACCAGCCUCACUGCCGAAUGGCGUUCAGCAAGUUCAUCCCGACGUACCACCAUCACUUCGGUCGCCAGUGCAAGCUCAGCUACUACGGCUUCACCAAGCUCCUGGAGCUCUUCGAGGCAAUCCCAAACAUAGUGGUGGUGUUGGAGUGCGGCGAAGAGAAAGUGCUGACUCUGACCGAAGUGGAGCGCAUCAAGGCUCUGGCCGCUCAGCUGGUCAAGCUGCUUCGGGCUCAGAAGAACUCCAGCCUUCCCGUCAGCCAGCUGCUCACGGAGUACAGCAAGACCUUCGGCUACGGCCUCCGCCUGCAGGACUACGACGCCAGCUCCCUGCCGGCGCUGCUCGCCAAACUCUGCCAUGUUGUCAAGGUGGCGGAUGGCUCGGGGAGUCGGGAGGUGCAGCUGAUCAACAGGAAGUCGUUGCGCUCGCUGACCUCCCAGCUGCUGGCUCUGCUCAUGUCCCAAGAGGACGAGCAGGUCCCCAGGGGCCUCAACGUGGAGGAGCUGAGCCAGCGUUACCUGGCUGUGCACGGGGCCCCGCUCAACCCAUGUGAAUAUGGGUUCCUCUCUCUCAGCGAGUUGCUCAAGAGCCUGCCCUACCUUGUGGAGUUGUACCAUGAAGAGCAAGAUGACGACGACACAGCUGGCAACGCUGCCAGUGGUUCUGGUGACGAGUGGGUGAGGCUAACCCGACUCUACCAGUUUGCCCGUAGCGUGCGCGGCCUGCUCCACACCUACCACUACGCCCAGAUCUUCCUGACCGAGUUCCAAGGGUCGUAUAACAAAUUUACCGGCUGCGGCCUUGAACCACGUUCCUACGGAUACACCUCCACCGACGAGCUGCUCGGCGCCAUUCCACAGGUGGUCUGGAUCAAAGGGCAUGGUCACAAGAGGAUUAUCGUUUUGAAGAACGAUAUGAAAGCAAGGGCAAGCCCUUCAGUUCCCUGCAGCCCCCAGCCGGGAGAGAACACGGAGAGCCCGGCUAGCAGCGCAACUUCUGGAACCCAGAGUCCAGGUGGCGAUGUUGUCGCCGUCGAGUCGGAGCUGCUCUGCCUGACGUCCGCAGUAGAUCUACUGUGUGGCCCCGUGCUGUCCUACCUCCCGUCUCCUCCGCUGCUCCCAGACCCCGUCCUCCUCCAGGAGGAGGACCUGAUUCACUUUGAGGAAAAGAUUCCACCAUCAGUGCGUGGUGAACCCGGAGCGGCGGCUGCCGCCGACGCAUCCGAUCGGCCCGGCGUCACGGGCGACCCUGCGGUCGCCGGGCGUCCUUCCUCGCCGCCCCGCGCGGCCAUGGACAGUCCCAGCAGAAGAGCGACACGCAGCCGAAUUAAGCUGGCGGCCAACUUCUCCUUCACGGCAGGCCUCUGAUCCCCUACACACACACACACACACACACACACACACACACACACACACGCGCGCAUACUGUAACUCUAAAUACAAGAGUUGACCAGCUACAGGGAACAGAAGCGACCGCCGAGAAGCUUUUGGCGUCGCCCCCUCUCCAUCCUCUUCGACGGGCCGUUGCUUUUCUUCUCGAUUCCCUCAUCGGCCGUCUUCGUUCUUCGUCCGCUCCGUUCACGAUCGCCGAGAUCUUUCCGAUGUUCACCGAGCUGUGAUUUUCUCCUUGCAGAUUUUCUGCAAUUAUUUAGUUCGCCAAAUCCAUCUUACCGUCGCCCGUGUUUGCCUUCGCCUCCAAAGUUAAAAUGAUAUUUCCGUUGUCAAAAAAAAUUUAUUUGCUCGCCGGCUAACGGUGAAUGGAGAGUCUAAAGGUGAGUUGGUUGCCACUGUAAACAAAGCAAUGGGAGAAAAGCUCGGGAUGACCAAGUGUUCCACGUUAAAUCCAAGAAAUGUGCUUGCCCAAAUUCUCCGAUCAUACACGUUGACAAAUAACAGGUUUAUAAAGAUAUUUAGCUCCCGCGCCAUAUUGAGGAGCCUCUGCGUACUGCCUGGAGAUGGAGCAUUUCAUUUAUGCCCGUCAUUUUUAAAUUCCUGUGAACUUUUGGGGGUGAUUUUUGCUUUUGUCGUGACCUUUAGACAAACCCUUUCAGUCUUCUAUGGGGGAAAAGCACCGAGGAACUCUAUUCUCUCCUUUUGUCCGUGAAGUAGCCCGACGAUCGUAUUUUCUGUUCCUUUCUAUAUUGCGCAGAGUAUUUAGUCGUCUGUGGAAGAGUUGACCAAAGUGUGUGUGUGCGGUGUGUAUCUACAGUGUGUGUGUAACGGGUCGAUGCAUCCACGGCACGGUUUUCUGAUUAUCGAGACGAGCGCUGCUCUCAGGAAUUUUUUAUUCUUGUUGUACUUUUGACUUAAUUUAUUGCAGAGCUCUUUGCCGCGUCUCUCCGGGGCCACGAAAGAAGGCCUCAGGAAGGGGAAACGGCCGACUCUUUAAAACCCCGGCGGCGAGAACCGAGACGCUCGUUCGGCUUCGGCCAGCGGCCGCCGUGCGUUUGUUCUUUUUAGCCGCGUUUAGUGUGUGUGUGUGUGUGUUUUACACUGGACUAGGUGGUGUGAAUUAUGCACGGUGUGCAUAAAUGAGUUAAUGCUGGUGCCCAGGAGGAGCAGACAGGAACAGAAAGACGGUAAGACAUUCUUUAAGAUCACGUCUUUUAUUUCCACCACAUUUUUAGGGAUUUUCUGGAGUUGGCUUGACCCAUAUAUAUAUAUACAGAAAUAAAUAAACGCUCAAGGUUUUUAAGAGUUAACCUUGUUGCUGGUCGGCGCCGUCUGUGGCGCCGUCGUCGCCCGAGUUGAAGAAUUCAAGGGGAGCAGUUGAGUUUUUGACUAUCAUUUCUUUUUUUAAUGACGAGGUGGCCGGUCGUGAUCGUUUCCGGGGGAAAGAGAGAUGGGUCGAGCGGCGGUGGGCCGUUGGCGGAGCGGCUCCGGGCGACCGCCGCGCACCAAGAGGACCCUCUGCCGGGCUUUUACAAUGGCUUGUAUUUGCCGCGGCGCCGAAGGAAUCGCCAUCGUAUCUCCCCGUCGCCGACAUCUAGCAGAGGAGUUUUUACUUACUGAUGUGUGUUUCUUUUCAAGUGUUUACUAGAUUGCUGGCUGCUAAAUUGCCACCCGAUCAUGUCCGCUGCCGGGACGUUGGCACGACCGCGGCGCCGCCGAAGUCUUUGAGGGUCGUUUGUGUUCAGAGAAAGGGGCCAAAGAAUGGGGAAGAGCCCAUUCCAGUCCGGUCCAGUUCCAGUGUUUACCUCCUUUAGCCAGCGGGAGCAGUGUUAAUACUUUCCUUUCUUCAAACUUGAAUUUAGACUGGUAUGAAAAGGCCUUUUUAAAGCCGAGAGAUUCCACCUGCCAACGUGCCAAAAAGAAUAACCGGAAUACCAAUCGAGAUGUUUUUAAUAACGGCCGCUUAGGGUUCAGGUCUCUCCUGCGAUGUUUUACUGUCCUUUGAUGAAGGGAUGACGAGUUGAUGAUGGAAAGGGGCUGAAAAUAAUUUACUGUAUUCCUUUUUGUGACUGGGCGAACCCCGGCUCCUCCCCCAGAGCACCGCGGUGGCAACCGACUCGCGAACACGCGCGGCGUCUCCGCUCAGCUCGACGCGAUCGGCGAGAAGCCGUCGCGCCUGUCAAAAUAUGCACUUUUGCAUAGUUUUGGUUCAUGAAAUACAAAAUGUGAAGUUGUGGUCGUGGGGCCCGGUGAGGGGCCGAGACGUGUUCCCGUGUCUUUACCUCCGAGUCGGAUUCUGCUUCAACCGGUUUUCACGUUUCACAACAAGAAAAUGUUUAUUCAGCGGUGUCCUUUAAAACUGCCUUUUGAUUAUUCUUUAUUGCCUCACUGUUGUGUCCUCGACAUCCCCCCCCCCACCCAUCAUGUCACAGCUUUACUGCCUCGCCACACUAAGUCACUGUGACUGUAACGUUGAAGGGACCAAAAAAAAGAAAAGAUUUCUGUUAAUAAAUUUCACAAGCAUCAA